CCCAGAGUAAACAUGAAAGUUGAUUGAUUGAUCGGGGAUGAAAGAAUUGAUGGAAUAAUCUCUCCUCUUCCUCUGAAACCGACCCCGGAGAUGGCUGGCCUCAUCAAAAACCAGAUCCUGAAACACUUGUCGAAAUUUGCAAAGAACUUGUCAUCAGAUAGUGUGAAUGUGAGCACACUGAAGGGAGAGGGUGAGCUCACCAACUUAGAGCUCAAUGAAAUAGUUCUCACAGACCUCCUUGAACUUCCUGCUUGGUUGCGGAUAAAACGGGCAUUAGUGAACCGCGUCAACCUCAAGAUACAAUGGACCAAGCUCAAGAGUGUACCCAUUUUAGUGAGCCUGGAUGAGGUGCAGGUAGAGAUGGAAACAUGUACAGACCUGCGCUCUCAGACCAGCUCAUCCGUCCUCCCCUCCUACAGUUCGGGCGGACGCUAUGGUUUUGCGGAUAAAGUCAUUGAUGGCAUGACUGUCACCGUGAACUCUGUACUCAUUACAUUCUGCAGUCCAGCUUUUCAGGCUUCUUUCCAGCUCUCACGCAUCAUGCUGGACUCCAAAAACCCAAACUGGCAGAAAGCUGAUCUGCGUAUGACCAGGCUAAAAGAGCCAGACAAGGGGGAACUUCUUAUCUUCAAAGAGCUUUCAUGGCAGACCCUGAGAGUGGAAGCACGCUCUACCAGAGACCAGGGACUGACUCCUCUGCGACUCAUCACAAACCAGGCACGCUGUCGUAUCACAAUAAAGAAGAGACUCGCCGAUUGCACCGUGAUUGGUUGCCGCUUGGUGAUUCUGAUGGACGACUUGCUUUGGGUGCUGACUGAUUCACAGCUGACAGCAGCCUUCCAUUUCCUCGAUUCCCUGUCAGACUUGGUGCGGAAAGCAACACAGCAGAACCAGAAGACCAAAGCUGUUCGGAAGUUAGAGUCCCUGCCUGAGUUCCAAGCCCAGCAGAUGCAGCAGGCCAGAGGGGGUGGGGGAAGUGCAAGUGGGGGGAGCAGCGGGUCGGGCAGAGGGCACCAGUCUCAGUCCAACAUCACCAAGAUCUUCAACAAGUACGACGUGCCAGAGACCUCCUACCACUUCUACUCAGAGAGGAUUGACCUGCACUUCUGUGAUGAUCCUGGACCGGGAAGGUCCAGUCACCCUGAUCUGUCGGCCGGAGCAGCUCUCCAGUUCACCAUCAGCCAACUUGAAAUUGACUUCUACCCGUACCAUCUUGCGGCAGGCGACAGAGGACACUGGGUCAAAUACUUAGCAGACUGUGGACCAGCCCAGUGGGCACAGGCAUCCCUUGCACAGUUCAGAACGCGACUUAUAGAUACCCUCAACUCUAGUCGGUCGUCACACACUCCUUUGUCUCGAGCCCCUCCUCAUGCACGUCAUGACAGCUCUCUGCAGAGUCCUGGUGGCCGCAUGAGCACAACACCAGGAGAUGCCACCAGUACUGGGCCAGCCAGUCCCCUGAAAGGAGUUGUAGGAACCCAGCUACGGAAACUCAUGUCCUCAUGCUGUGUCCUGCGGAUUAAUGACUUCUGCGUGUAUAGGGUAUCCACUUCCAAAAGGAAGCAGGCCCCCAAAGAAUUCAUCUCAGCUGGACACACCAAAAAACAUCGGAAAAAGACAGGGGACAAGGAUAGGUUCAACCUGCCCACCCAGAUGGCCAGCCUCCACCUUGAGUUCACGUCAUACUACUACCCAGCUGACUCAGAGUUUCCAGUGCCACCACCCAAGUUGUACCUACAGCUCAACCCCAUACAGGUGACCUUCGACCCCUUAUCCCUGUUAUGGCUCAAUGCCUUCACCAGAAGCCUCCAGCGCACCAUCGUCACAGAGCCACCGCCUAGUUCCUACCUCGACGUACACCUGGAAGCUAUAAUGCCUCGGGUCAUUAUUGACGGAGUUGGGGAACAGACCAAUCAGCGCGACCGUCCACGUGCCAUGCACAUCCAGACUUCGAGGCUGAUCCUCUCAAAUGUGCGACCUGCCGACCCAACCAGCCCGGGCUCACUAGCAUCCCUGGCGACGAGCUUAGAAGCAGCUCAGCAAGGGGAACUGUUCUUUGCCUCAGACUUUCCAGCCAGCCCAGCAGACUUCCAGCCCAUUUGUGACAAGUUUGUCAAGCAUGCCAUGGCUGAAGAUAAUGUGAGAAGUCUUCCCUCGGUCGACGCUUCGUUAUACGAUGCUAUAUCAAACAUGAAACGCGAUGCACUCUGGACUCAAGCGAGGGAUGUCCUCUUUGUGUACUGUGAUCCCAUGUGGGUAGAGUUUCUCAAUGUGCCUGCUGCUCGAAAUAGACCUGUUCCAUUUGUGGAUGCAUUUCCAGUGUCGCUCUGGAUUUACAUCAAGCCAAAGCCUAAGCCAGUGAGUGAUCAGAAAGUGUCUGGUGUCAAGCCCUGUGAAGAUCAAGAUGUUAGACCACACAGAGACUUACUAAGAAAUUUUUACUGUCAGGAGCAAAGCAAGGAGGCGCAUGACUGGGAUGGAAAUAAGCAAGUGCCAUUUCUGAGGGAUGAAGGGGAGAUGCAGGGAAAGAGGAGUCGGCAGGAGGCUGCCAUACACAUACUUGCUCACACACCAAGUCUAGUCAGUGCCCAACUCAACCACUACCAGUACCUGUUUCUCAUGCGACAGUUAGAUGUGGUCACGGAACUCACGACCUACCUUACCUCUGAUACCAUCCAUAUCCUGACGCACCCUGAUAUGGCCGGAGUGGCCCUUUCUGCAGACAACCUCGGGGACACACUGGCCAUUUCGGCCAUGGUGCCUCAGCUAGACGUCUCGCUGGUGAUGCCCCCCCCACAUCCAAACAAAGAUUCUGUGGCCGGAGAUAUGGAGAGCUUCCUCCCCGAUUCCUCUUCCACAGCCGACCUUCACGAUUUAGGUUCUCCUAGCUGCGAGGUACGGAACUCAGCAUCAGAGCAUAGUAUAGUCCAAAGGGCCAGUGAAGCCGAUGCUUGUUCCAUAUCUAGUGAUAUCACUAAGUCAUACAGUGUUGAUCAGUUAGCCUCACCGCAGCCAUCACCGGCCACUACUUCCGUCACAAAGCAGCCUCCCGCCACCGCCAAUGGUAGCAUAAGUCAGCCGCCGGUCAGUCAGCACUCUCCUGCCGCCACAGGUAAGCAAUCCUCGCCGUCGUCAUCCACUCUUAGACAGGGAGCUACUAGAACCCUCUCAAGUAGCUUGACCAACCUUCCCCGUAGUGUAAACGCCAGCCAUGCUAUGGACUCCGACCCUUCCAGCAUCAACGGCCCUGUCAUGCAGCUAAGUCUCCAUGACAACCUUAAUGCAGGCUUUAGUACAAUGCGAAAGGGAAUAACUAGUGGCUUUACCAAUCUUAUGUCCACCAUUGAGUCGGCAGUGAAAACCAGCCCCGAAGACAUGAGUGACACCCUUUCAGUUCGUAGUGACCUGAGUUCCGACAGCGACAACUUCAUCAUGGUUAACAUGGAAUCAGAGCGCACUGACAGUGGACUGGGGGGAAUGGACGCCGCUUUUCGGGUGGAAAACAAGCCACCUCCGUCUUCCAUAGAGCUUGCAUCAGAAGUUUUUGAAGAGGCCACACCUAGUGAAGUAUCUGAUGUCACCAGCUCCUUCAGAAGAAAAGAUACAAUAUCCGUAGUGACGUUUAAGCUGAGUCGUCUACAAGUGGUCCAAGAAUCCCGCGGAUACGAAUCUGCCAUCAAGGUCCAGUGCAGCCACCUGGUGUGUGAGGAAUGCAACACCAUGGCCUACGAUGAAUUCCAGACCAAGUUCAGCAGUCGUUGCCGUGGAUGGUCGGAUUCCCUUGCCGCAGCCGAGCCAUGCUGUCUGAAGAUGCGUUUAGAUGCCAAAGUUGUUGCCAAUCCCACAGAGGAAGAGACAAGAGGCAUCUCAGGUGCAACUUUGCCUGUAGUGGUACGACCUUCUCUGGAAGGUCAUGUGACUGACCUCAGUCUGGGACUUUUGAUGAGCACUGUCACGGGCCUCAUUGACCUCAUAGAGGAUGAAAUUAUACCACAACCUUUACCCAUGAAGGUGCUGGUUGAGCGGAUUGGCCUGCAUCUGACAGAGGAUAGAGUUCCUGCAAACAUAACAUCUCCUGGGUCUGUGCCCACCCAAGUGUGGAUACCAAGACUUCUUCUAAAGAGGGAUACAGAAGGGGUCUUCACCAUUUUACCACAGCCAGAGGAGCCCAGUGAAACACAGCAGCUAAGGCAGAGAUGUGGAGAGCUGGAAGAGGAAGUGCGGCAGUUGAAGCAGCAGUUGGAGAGGGCAAAGAAGGGGAAUUUGACCUCUUAAAGCCUUGCCCCACAACCAAACACUGCCGAGGCUUCCCAACCCGCAGCUCAUGCAAGAGCUUCCUGAUUCAAGUGAUGUGUGCAUUUUCAUGUAGGGACAGACAUUCGGUGAAGGUUUCGGGAAAUUUUAGGGAAAAAGUUCCAGGAGCCGAGACCUGAAAUAUUUUGUGAUAAUACAACCUCAUUAUAAUGGCCAGUUCUGUUUUAGAAAAGAUGUUUUGCUUUUAAUUUUUUUUUUUUUUCUUUUUUUAAUUAUGUAUGUGUUUAGCAGUUUUAUUUUAUUUUACGUGUUAUUAUCAUUGUUUACUUUUUUCUUUAUAUUAAAAGGGACAUGGAAGGACUGAGGGAAGACUUGCCAUAAUUCAGUGAGUUGUUUUUUAGUGUAGAAAAAGCAGAAAGGGAUCCUCAUAAGAGUAUAGGAAUGCUUUCAUGUGUAAGUGUUUUCAAGGAGUAUAAUUGAAGAAUAGAACACUAGCAUAUUAGAUAUCAGUGUCUCACUAGUUAUGUGUGCACUCAGCAGAGAUAUACAAUUAACUAAUAACACUGGGCAUUAUGAAUAAAGUUGGAUGCUAGUUUAAUUAGGGUUGUAAUAGAAUUUAAAAACAGGUGUGAAAUAGGCAGGUCACUGAAAGUGAUCAAAAGUUCUAAUCCAUACCAAUAUUAUGUUAGGGAAACCAGAUUCAUAGUAAUAUAAACCGAUAUUAUAAUGGCUUAAUAGAUCUUUGAGAUCUUAUUGCAAAGUAGUGUCAUAUUAGCAUGCCUUAUUUGACAGUGUUGGUCAUAUGUCUAGUCCAAGUACCUGUGAAUCCGUCAUUUGAGAAAUGUACUCAUGUAAGUUCUAGGAUCAGUAUACUCAUGACACAGAAGCAUUUUAAGAAAUAGCUCUUUGUAUUUUUUUAUUAUUAUUAUUAUUAUUAUUAUUCUGUUAGCUUCAUGAAUUUGAAACUGAGACAAAUCCAUCCACAGUGAUAGCUAGCCAUAUAUAUUUCUCUCUCUCUCUCUCUCUCUCUCUCUCUCUCUC